UCAGACUCUAAACAUCGCAUGCACCGCUCAUUUACCUCAAAGGGAAUACGUAGGUAAAUUCGAUUGUUGAUGCAUGGAGCUUUGUUGACAACAUCGUGAAAAGAAAAUUGACAAUAUUUGGAGUUUUCUGUGUCUGUCCUGGAAAAUAAUGGCUUCGUCCACCAUGAUCGAGAAACCAACAACAUCAGGAUCAGCAAAGAAAAAAUUUGAUCGGCUGAGUCGACUCAGAGAUUUGGAACUCAAAAUGAAUGAAGCCAGAAAGUUAAAUCACCAGGAAGUUGUAGCUGAGGAUGAAAGAAAGAAACGACCACAAAACUUUGAGGCAAAGAGGAAGAGGACAGACUGGGAGGAGGAAGUGGAGAAAAAGAAAAAGGAGUGUGAGGACAGAGGAGAGAUCUACGACAGAGUCAAGUUGCUGGAGGUCGGUGCUGACGAAGCCGAGAGGUGGGAGAGGAAGAAGAAGAAGAAAAACCCUGAUACAGGAUUCGCAGACUACGAGCAGGCCACGUUCCGCCAGUACCAGACACUGACGAAGCAGAUGAAACCCAACAUGCAGGAGGUCGACCGACAGAAGGAGAAGCUUGGUGAUAAUUUCUACGCUACCUCCAACACGCUGGGCCUCCACCAGCAGAAGGACACCAAGGAGGCCGUGGACCGCAUGGUGGAGGACCUGGAGAAACAGAUUGACAAGAGAUCUAAGUACAGCCGCAGGCGCACAUUUGAUGAAGAUGCAGACAUUGAUUAUAUCAACGAGAGGAACAUGAAGUUCAACAAGAAACUGGAACGUUUCUACGGACAGUACACAGCAGAGAUUAAACAGAACUUGGAGAGAGGCACCGCCGUUUGAGGCACACUUCGGGACUGGAUGGGCUGUGUAUUUAUGUUGUAAAUAGUCAAGAACUCUGUAAAGAGGUAACAGCUGACAGGGAAAAAUUGUGUCACCUUAGCAGACAAGCAUGUUCUGCAAGAAGUGGAAACUUUGUGGUAAAUACCUAUGCUAUAGUUUGUCUAUCCCUGAUGUCUCCCUUCAUGAGAGGGAGCGGUAGGGUAGCUUAGUGGUUAAAGCGUUCGCUCGUCACGCCGAAGACCUGGGUUCGAUUCCCGAUAUUGGUACAAUGUGUGAAGCCCAUCUGGUGUUCCCCGCCAUGAUAUUGCUGGAAUAUUGCUAAAAGCGGCGUAAAACCAAGCUGACCCACCCACCCUUCAUGAGAUGACUGCCAACAUUCUAGUACAUCAUGAAGCUGACCACAUGAGGUGACAAGCCAUGACCGAGAUGCUUGUACCACGCUGAUAAUGAUCUUUGUUUUGUCAACAUUAAACCCGGGAUCUUGGGUUCACCAAAGUGAUUAUUGUAUCCAUCCAUAUAAAGCUGAAACGCCAGGGUAGGACUAAAAUACUGUACAAAAGUGGUGUUAAACUCCCACAUUCACUUCACGCUGAGAGGCAUUGUGUGUUCAUAUGUCCCUUUUUAACUGAAAAGGCAUUACAGUAUGAUUCUAUUUUAAUGAUGAAAAUAGAAUACAUUGUGUGUGGUAUGUGGUUAUGUUGUAAUAGUUCAUGAAUAAGAGAUGAAUGUGCCCAGUAGGAAUUGAAGAUUAUGUUUUUGCUUUGGUUAAUAAUGUUCUUCAGUAUUUUUUUGCAUUUCUGGAGGCAUAAACGGAAAAAACCCAGUGCGCACACUGUGUCAUUCCAUGUAGAAGUAGAUUUAUGCAAAGUAUCCACACCAGUUUUUACAUUUAAAACUCCAUAAAUAUGUCAAACUUGACAGACAGCUUAUUUAAUCAUUGACACACAAGUAAUGUAGAUAACACUAUGAAAUCAGUGACAUAAUGCAACAAUAGCCCCGCCCAUCCUAUUAUCAGCCAAUCAGAGAACAGUUAGUGGGUGUGGCCUAUUUAUUUUUCGGUUUAUACCAUAAUUAUUUGAUUAGACAACAAAUACCACGAAAUCAAUUUCAAGUUAUUUAUAAAUAGGUAUGAAUAUAUAUGUACAUGAUGUAAUUAUGACUGUACAUGUCAAUGUAUGUUAAGGCAAUAAACUUUUAUGUACAUACCACAA